AUGUAUGUAGGUCUUUUAUAUAGUCUUGCUCUUUUCUUAUGCAUAACUUGUUGUGAUGGCUCAGCCAAUGUUCGUGUAUCGGAAUCAUUGAUAGUUGAUGAAUCAGGUCGUGCCCGAAUUUAUCAUGGAGUUAAUUUUGUUAUGAAACAAUUUCCAUGGUAUCCACAAGAAUUGUUGAAUUCAACUUAUGUUGAAAGUUUAUCAAAAUGUGGCUUAAACUUCGUUCGACUUGGAAUGAUGUGGUCCGGUGUUGAACCUGAGCCACAGAAUUACAAUGCUACAUAUUUGGAUGUAAUGAAGAAUAUCAUCGAAUUAUUAGAAUUAAAUCAUAUAUUUGUUCUUUUGGACAUGCAUCAAGAUAUCUUAUCAAGUCAAACAGGCGGUUACGACGGUGUACCAUUGUGGUUGUACAAUCGAUUUCCAUCAUCGAGUCAUUCGUAUCCCUGGCCUUUUAAAAUGGAUCCGACUGGUAAUAAUUGGUUCAUGUCUUAUAUGACAGAAGCAUGUUCACAUGGAUUCCAGUGUUUGUAUGAAAAUAUUGGUGGUGCGGCUGAUUCUAUGAGCAAAUUUUGGCGGUUGAUAGCAUCGACAUAUAAAGAAUAUUCCAAUGUAUUGGGUUAUGAAAUCAUCAAUGAACCAUGGGCCGGCAAUUAUUUUAAAAAUCCAAAGUUGCUCCUACCAGGUGUAGCUGGUGCCAUUAAUCUACAACCAUUCUAUGACACAAUGGCGAAGGCUAUUCGAUCAGUUGACAAUGAGACAUUAAUUUUCUUUGAGCCUGUUACGUGGGGAGUUCGACUGAAUGGUAAAUACUUCGGUACUGGAUUUUCUCACGUACCUGGCGGAGACGAUUAUCGCGAUCGAAGUGUUCUUUCUUAUCAUUACUACUGCAUUAUUCUUUCACUUAUUCCUAUACCUGGCAAUAGCACCGUACCUAUAUCUGAUCGAGUUGUCUGUGAUAAAAUCGAAGGGCCUGCACUUUUCCGUUCAAUACAAAAAGACGUUGUUCAGUUAGGUGGUGGAUCAUUUUUAACGGAAUUUGGCGGAUGCGAAGGUUCACCAGCAUGUGAUGAACAACUCGACUGGGGGUUAAGUGCUGCUGAUCUAUUUCUUCAAUCAUGGGCAUUCUGGGGAAAUAGUUACGAUGAUCCUAUCACAAUAAAACGUUUAUCGCGUGUCUAUGCACGUGCGAUUGCUGGCAAACCUUUAGCAAUGCAAUUCCUUGCACAACAACGAUCAUUUUAUUUAUCAUAUUAUAUUAAUACAUCUAUUUCAGAACCAACAGAAAUUGUUAUACCACCAGUACAGUAUCCAGAAUUCAGCUAUCGAAUAUUUGUAAAUAAUGCUUUAAAAUGGCGAGUCGAUUCCAAAGAAUCCAAUGUUAUUCUUGUUGAACCAAACGAUCAGACUCAAGGACUGAUUGGUGUAAUUGAAAUCCAUCCAAAAUAUUGA